AUGUCUGCUACCCGUCUCUUCUUCUUGCUCGCUUGCUUCCUGGGCCUUGGAAGUUUCGUCGCCGCGUCAGAUAUCUCGUAUCAGGGCAUCCCCAGCUGUGCCAUGCAGAUCAAAUGUAUCUUCCAGGAGAUCGGCCAUUCGUCCUGCCCCUUAACGGAUCAAAAAUGCAUGUGUAACGAUAACGUUUUGGCGGGAUACGUGCAGGUAUGCGUCGAGGCAAAUUGCACUGUCAUGGAGAUGCUCGCGGCACGCAAUUCGUCAUUGGCUGCCUGUGGUGUUGCCCCUGCUCAGCAGGAUACCGUCAUGGCGUGGUUCAGGGCGGUUCUUUUCGCCCUACCAACCUUUUUCAUAAUCGUGCGAAUGGUGAACAAGUUUCUAAAGCUGUCGCCUUGGGGUUGGGACGACACAACCAUCGUCAUAGCCUAUGCCGUACUAGCAGCUUUUCUGCCAGCAGCAUAUCUAGCCGAACAAACUGGUGCAGGGAGAGAUAUAUGGGCACUGUCAGAAAACCAAAUUACUGAUUUUCUUUUGCUAUUUAUCAUAUUCGGUAUGCUCUAUAUGACCUGCCUAGCCUUUAUCAAGGCCUCGAUCAUAUUUCUAUACCUGCGAAUCUUCCCCGACGAAACCUUCCGCCGAAUACUUUGGUGUACUCAGCUGUUCAACCUUCUUCUUUGGAUCGCUUUCAUCGCCGGUACUUUCGGCUCUUGUCAGCCCUUGCACUUCUUCUGGCAUGGAUGGAAAAGAGAUAUGGAGGGCAAAUGCUUCAACUUGAACGCCUUUGCCAUGUGCCAUGGCGCAUUGAACGUGGCUCUGGAUGCAUGGAUGCUAGUACUUCCAGCAACUCAAGUCUAUUCGCUGAGAAUGCAGCGCAAACAGAAGCUGGGUGUGAUGUUGAUGUUCAGCGUAGGAGUUUUUGCCUAUCGAAUCAAGGCCCUUCUCAUCUUUGCGACAUCAUACAACGUCACAGGCAAGUCCGAAACAAGGGACUCACCGUCAGCUAUGCACAGUACUGACAGCAACCUCAGCCGACUCAUUCCAGAGCUCUCUCUGGUCCAACAUCGAGCUAUAUCAGCCAGAAUGUCUAGAUCAGCAAAGGGUUCACACUCUGCCAGCCAAGCCUCACGAUCGGCAGCGGACCCCAAUGAACGACCGCGACUCGUGUCCUACGAGGAGUCCUCGAUAGCGCAUCUAGUCGGAGACUUCAACGAUAUCGACCUCAAUAACCUCAGCGAUGCGAGCCCGAUGGAGAGGGACCCGCCGAAGACGCCUAAAAAUAAUGUCGUGUUACAGAAGGAUCCUGUAUCAGGAGGUUCAAGAAGUAGUGAUGGAGUCAUAAGCCAGAAGGGCUGGGAUGAAUGA